AUGAGUAACGAUACUCCGCCAUCAGCAGGCGUUGCUAGUAGCGCCACUACCACUGCCCCUGCAAAAUCAAGCAGAAUCACAGUGUUCCCAACACAAGCAUUCAACGUCAAUCCUACGUUGUUGGACCACUUCAACCACGCGGAGGUGAUGACCAUCCCGGAUAUUCUAAAGACACCAGAGAAGAGGAAAGUUCGACUUAGUAUUGAUGGAACAGUUACACAGGUUUCCCCAGUACAGUCCAACAAGAAUUGGAGAAGAAGGGAUAUAACCAUUAGUCAGGACUCACAGAGUGUUCGUUGUAAAUUGUGGAACGAAAAGGUGGACAUCAUUCAAGAGCAGCAUCUGAAUAAACGACUGAAAAUCGAAAACCUAGAAACUGAACAUUACAACCAAAGUGUCUCCUGUCGCAACACCCCAGAAACUGCUUUGGAAACACCUGACGAAGAAUGCCAAAAGACCUUCACAAUAAUUGCUGUCAACACGUCCACCAAAGAAAUGCUGGUAACCAUGGAUGGAGAAGAUCAAUCUUUGACGUACACCGAUGCAGUGAUCACAGAUGACGAAGACCUUCCCACUCCCAUGCAAGUAACUGGAACAAUCAAAGGACAGGAACUUGUUUACCUUGAUGUUUAAUCUAACUGUCUUGAAAAGCACAUAUCGUUAUCAUCAACAUGAUCAAAGACUACUGAUUCCAUGAUUAAGUUGGCAUCAUCAAGAAAUUAAAGAGAAUGCCAUAGAUGGAUUUGGCCUAGGAGUUAUUUGUUACAAGUAAUUGGUUUUGUCGGGUUACAAGUAACUCAUUCCGUCUUUACAUUGUAGGACCUCAAUGUUAAAGUUCAUUUAUUAAACUGGUGCGAUACCAAUAUUGCAGAUGGCAAUGACAUCAAAAAAGUUGAUUUUGGGACCUUUUGAAAAUCAUCAAAAUUCAGUAUGAGAUAAAAUGGCUAAUUUCCAAGUUGUAGUAUAGAUAUUAUGAUCCACAAAUAAAUGUCCCAUCAAAUGCAGUAAACCGCAUCAAUUUAUCACCAUCUGUUUUCGAAACAAUCCAGUUUUUCUGUGUCGAUCCAUUUACUUUUUUAAAGGAUUGUACAUUUACAUCUAUCAAUAAGAUCAAAAGUUAUUUGUAACAAAUAACCCCUAGGCCAAGUGCACACUUUGAUCUCUUAAAACUGUUGUUUGCAGAGAAGAAAAGACUCCUGUAAUUCAUUGUGCGGAUUUACAGUGUGUGUCAGCCCCACUACA